AUGUUACCAAGCUUAUUAUUUCCUCUUUACAGUUCAUCAUAUCUUCACCAAACUUCUUCAGACCACAUUUUAAAAGAUGCAUCUCCAUUUCCUUCUGAUUUCCUCUUCGGCACAGCUUCUUCUGCUUACCAGUAUGAAGGUGCGUAUUUAACCGAUGGAAAAGGUCUGGACAAUUGGGAUGUCUUUACCCAUGAAAACCCUGGGAAAAUAGCGGAUGGGAAUAAUGGAGAUGUAGCUGUUGAUCAGUAUCAUCGAUUUUUGGAGGAUAUCCAAUCAAUGAAAUAUCUUGGAGUAAACAGUUACAGAUUUUCAAUUUCUUGGUCUAGAGUGUUACCUAAAGGGAGAUUCGGGGGUGUUAAUCACAUGGGAAUAAAGUAUUACAACAAUUUGAUAGACGCUCUCAUUACAAAUGGGAUUAAGCCAUUUGUGACACUGAGCCAUUUCGACUUCCCUCAGAUAUUCGAAAACCAGUUUAAAAGUUGGUUAAGUCCCGAGAUGCAGAACGAAUUUGGUUACUUAGCUGAUACAUGUUUCAAAUAUUUUGGAGAUCGAGUUCAACACUGGAUUACGAUAAACGAACCAAACAUACAAAUAGGCUUCGGCUAUAUUAGCGGUAUGUAUCCACCGUCCCGUUGCUCUAUGCCAUACGGACACUGUACACAAGGGAAUUCGGAAACUGAGCCUUUUAUAGUCGCGCAUAACAUGAUCCUCGCACACGCAAAGGCGGUUCAAAUAUAUCAUACCAAAUAUCAGAAAGAACAAAAGGGAACCAUUGGCAUUGCUGUACAAACAACUUGGUUUGAACCCAUAAGUGAUUCCAUAGCGGACAAAAAAGCUACAGAAAGAGCUCAAUCCUUUAAUUUUAAUUGGAUUCUAGAUCCCAUUGUAUACGGAAAAUAUCCUGAAGAAAUGGUGAAUAUACUUGGAUCAGCUUUGCCGCAGUUUUCAAGCAGUGAAGUAAAGACCUUAAUGAACUAUAAACCAGAUUUUUUGGGUAUUAAUUACUAUUCAAGUUACUUCAUACAAGAUUGUUUGAUUACUGCUUGUACUUCUGGAGCUGGAGCUUCUAAGGUUGAAGGAUACGUUCUCAAAUUAAUACAGAAAGGAAAUGUUUCAAUAGGAGAACCUACCGACAUAAAUUGGUUGCACAAUUAUCCUGAAGGAUUUCGAAAGAUGUUGAAUUACCUAAAAGAUAGGUAUCCAAACGUACCAAUGUUCAUCACGGAAAACGGUUUAGGAGACUUGCAAAAACCUGAGACGACGGUCAAAGACCUUCUGCAUGAUACAAAAAGAAUACGAUACGUGAGUGGACAUUUGGAUGCUUUGCGGUCAGCAAUGAGGGAUGGAGCAAAUGUGAAGGGCUACUUCGUAUGGUCGCUAUUAGAUAAUUUCGAGUGGUCGUAUGGAUACACGCUUCGAUUUGGACUAUUCCACGUGGAUUUUACAACUCUUAAAAGAACACCGAAGCAAUCAGCUUCAUGGUACAAGAACUUUAUUGAACAGCAUUUGAAUACGGGAGAUCUCACAUUUAAACGAUAA